AUUGGAUUUCUUCCUUGCUUUUGAAUUGAUUUUAAUUGCCAUUGUUGUCCUUGAUCAUCUGAAAUUAUAUAGAUAGAUAGAUAGAUAGAUUUUCUGUAUAUCUGUGUGGAAUCCAUAAAUCGGAAUGGGGACGAAAAUCCGAUGACGAAAUGAAUGAAUUGCAAUCCUUUUUAUCGGUUGCUUUGAUAUGUUAAUUGCUUGUCCGUAGGUGGAAAGGAAAAAAAAAAAAAAUUAAAAUGUAAAAUUAGAGUUUGUGUGGUUUUGGGUGAGGAUGAAAGUCUGUGUUGUGUUUUCUCCGCCCAAUCAAUGGCUGUUGCUUUUGAAUGAAAUCUAAACAAAGUAUAAAUGUAAUAUAAGAUGAUAUGUUGCAAUUGUUGGAUUGAGACACAUCCUAUUGUUGUUCAGUACAAAGCUAAUGAUUCCGAAACUAGGAUAAUUAUUUUUUGUUAGAACCCUAAUUUGUAGCUCAUGGUGGAAGGCAAUAGAAGUUUAUUAUUAGCUAAUAACUUAUAGAAUAUGAGUUUUGUUCCUUAUGUUACAUAUUCUAAUAUCUUUUCUGUGCGAGUUUGUUUCAAAGAAGGCGAGACGAAUGGGGUGCCGCCAUGGGAAUUAGAUUACUGCCAUUCCGUAAGAGUUUCAUGGCGCAAGGUUUUGGCGUCGAAGAAGUCUUUUCACUGCCAUCCCAAUGUGCUCAGUUGGGAUGAUUCUGCCGGUAAAGAAGCAUUACAGAACGCCAAGCAACAGUACUGGGCGACGAUCAAUGGCCUUUACUGCAACAACCCUUUAUCCAAUCCCGACACAUACAUAGAUGAGAUUGAUUGGAACUCAUACGUGGAUCCGGAACUGAUGGAAGAUCUGGACCUCCAAGCAUUUAACCUGGACGACGUCCAAGAAUCUGACAAGUUGGAAACUAUAAAUGAAGAGGAUGGCGAUAACUCAUGUGAAAGGCCUCUAAUGCAACACACUGAUGAACAUUCGAAAAAUGACGGGCAGCAAGGAUGGGGUAAGUGGGAAGACUCUGCAAACACAACAAACGAGAACCCGUGGGAGCAAAGAUACAGCAGCAAUGCUCGGCAAAGUGGGAAAGAAUCUUGGGGUAACACCUCGUGGGAAAAAUGUCGAAGCCAAGCUGAUGAUCCCUGGAAGGGCGACGCUUGGAGAAGUGAGAACAGGUCGUCUGGUUGGCCUCAGGGGUUUUCUACUAGAGGAGAGGGGUGGGGGGGAGAGCUGCGAAAUAGUAAUAAUAAUUCAAAUAAUGAUUCUUGGGGUUGGAAUGGUGGUGGUGGGGAAUAUUCCGGUGGAAUGAGAGGAUGGAGGGACAACAGGGAUAGUUAUCGGGGCAGAAAUGACUGCGCGAUUCAAUCUUCUUACGGGUGGAGGGGGAGGGCUUUGGGGGAGUAUGUUGGGGAUACUCAAGGAUUUGAAAGAGGCGGGAGAUCCUCAUCUCGAGGGUAUGGGUAUAGGAAGAGGGAAAGUUCUAUACAACACACUUCUAGAUUUAAGAGCUCUAGGCACCAAGGCAGAAAUAGUGGCAACUGGUUGUAAAGUGAUUGGUUACAUUAUGCAUUAUUCAUCGUGAUUUAAGCUGCUUACAAAUGCCUUUGGUUUGAUUGUUUGCUUGUUUCUUGAUCAUUUUGAUGAAUAUAGUGUAGUGUAGGUUAAAGGAAGUUGUGUGAGGCAGGCAGCUUUUGGUAUGUGUAUCUGAAUACCAACGACAAGAGAGGUUUAAGUUUGUUAA